AUGGAAGAAAUUAGCUUAGUAAAUGCAAAUGUUGAAGAAAAAAAAAUAAAGGUUCAUUGCUCUAUACCCAAGUUUAUACUUGAAAAUAAAUUAUUAGAAAAGGCAAUAAAAAAGUGUCUUCCUGAAAAUUAUAAUUUUGAAGUUUAUAAAUGUAUAGAUAUUAUAUUAAGAGAAAAAUAUAAACGUAUUGCUUUACAACUACCAGAAGGAUUAUUAGUAUGGGGUUUAUAUUUAUCUGAAAUAUUUUAUUUUUUUUGUGAAUCAGUAGAAGAAGUGAUUAUAUUAGGAGAUGUAACAUAUGGUGGUUGUUGUAUAGAUGAUUUUACUAGUGGUAAAUUAAAUUGUGAUUUGAUUAUUCAUUAUGGUCACUCAUGUUUAAUACCUCUAACUGUAACAAAAAUUAGAUGUAUAUAUGUUUUUGUAGAUAUUCAAUUAAAUUCAACACAUUUAGUAGAUACAAUCAAAAAAAAUUUUGAUAAAAAUGAUAUUAUCUUGCUACUUGGAACUAUUCAAUUUUCAUGUAUUGUACAUAAUGUUCAUAAUAUAUUGAAAAAGCAAAAUUAUUUUCAUACUUUUUUACCUAUACCUCAAGUGUUACCAUUAACAAAAGGAGAAGUACUUGGUUGCACAUCACCGAAUUUGUAUGAAUUUUUAUAUGAACAUAUUAUAAAAUAUGAAAGGGAUAAAAAAUAUAGUGAAUUACAAGAUGAAGAAGCAAGAAGAGGACAACAGAAAAAAGAAACACAAGAUAAAAGUGAUAAUAUAAAUAAUAUAACAUUGGUCAAUAAAAUAAAAGAAUCAUUAAAUGAAAAUGAUAUCAGAAAAGAAUGUCAAAUAUUUUUAAAAAAAAAAAAUGUAAAAAUUAUUUUUAUAGCAGAUGGUAGAUUUCAUCUAGAAAGUGUCAUGAUACAUAAUCCUGAUUUUUUAUUUUAUCGUUAUAAUCCAUUCGAUAAAGUAAUAACAGAAGAAAAAUAUAAUUACAAACUUUUUUAUGAUAUCAGAAAAAAUGAAAUAAAAAAAUGUGUUAAUUGUAAGUCUAUUGGUAUUAUUCUAAGUACACUAGGUAGACAAGGAAAUACUAAUAUUUUAACAAAUCUUAUCAAUAUAAUCAAAAAGAAAAACAUCUCUUUUUUUAUUCUAUUAUUAUCAGAAAUAUUCAAUGAAAAAUUACAACUCUUUCAAAAUGUAGACCUUUUUAUACAAAUAGGAUGUCCAAGAUUAUCAAUAGAUUGGGGUAACUAUAAUUUAAAACCAUUGUUAAAUACAUAUGAAGCUUAUGUCCUUCUAAAUUCAAUACCAUAUAAAGAUAUAUACCCUAUGGAUUAUUAUUCACAUAAAGGAAAUAUCUGGACAAAUUAUGCUGUUGGGGUGGGAUCUUAUAAUGAAAAAAAUUUAACAACAAAAGAAAUUAUUCGUAGAAGAAUUCAAAUGAGAAAAAGUAAAAUUACUAUACAUUAUCACUAA